ACAGAUUUCCAGGAUAUAGUUUUAGUGCAUCCCAGGUCUGACCCCACUCUCUGUGUUAGUCAGUAGCUUUCUCCAGACUGUGCUACAACAAUUUGCAGAACAUAAAGCCAAAUUAUGAAUAAUAAUAAUGCAACUCUACCUAAUGAUCCUCAAUGUUCUUCUGGCCUCUGAGAAAAAGAACAGGCAUAAACAGAUGCAGGGAGCAGGGCCGCACGGUGUGUCACACUUAGCACUCAUGCCACAAUAUAUCGACCACUGUUGUCUUGUAUUCCAGCCAGUAUGUUUGCGCUGACAUGGCGUGCAUGUGUGUUUCAGAUCCGUGUGGGCCUCCACACCGGCCCCGUGUUGGCUGGGGUGGUGGGGGAGAAGAUGCCUCGCUACUGCCUGUUUGGGGACACCGUUAACACGGCCUCCAGAAUGGAGAGUCAUGGACUACCUGACCACAUUCACCUCAGCUCUUCCACAUACAGUGAGCUCACUGAUGCAGGGUUUAACAUACAACAACGAGGGCAGAUUGAGGUGAAGGGUAAAGGCCAGAUGACUACCUACUUCCUGCUGGGGAACCUGUUGGUGUCAGAAGACAGAAUCAUGGGAAGAGAGGAUGGAAAGACGUGUCUUUAUAGGGAGGACCUUCACAGCCAGAGCAAAACAGCUGGUGGUCAAGGAGGCUCUGUAGGACCUGCGGGACGUGAUGAACGUGGGUUUGCUCGUCAGGGGAGAAAAUGAGGAUGUCGUCCAGGUAGACGAGCACAAAGACGUUGAGCAUUUCCCGGAGAACGUCAUUCACCAGAGCCUGGAAGACAGCUGGAGCAUUGUUUGGGAGGUAAAGGGGCAGCUGGAUGGGCUGGGGGAGAGGCUACAGGCCGAAACUGGCCAAGGGGCUGAACAGGGAGGAAAACAAGUCUUUGAACAUUUAGCUUGCCAGCCAAUCACUCUCCCUGAAGAACCAGUCUAUAUGUGGGUUGUCCCAGACUGAGAAAUAAAUGUGUGUUAUCUGGGAAAGCUAGCAGAACAGACUUCAACACAAAAGGCGACAUCCAAGGCUAUAGCUUCGAGGGGUUUAGACGACUGACAUUUAAACCUAGUUCUCUAGCCAUGUUAAAGUCCAUCAAAUUAGCAACUGAACCUGAGUCAACCGAGACAGUUCAAUUCUUAGUCACAGAGAAAGAGGUGAGUAUAUCAUGAUGUACGGCUCACCAGCGGCGCUCUCAGUCACCGAUGAGCCCAGUCUUUUACUGGACAAGUGGCAAUGAUAUGACCCAACUGGGCACACCAACUAAAUACACAAAGGUGGACAGACAAUGAGACACAGGUAAUCAAAAAGGGCUUGGGGACUAGAUGUUACAUACGUUCAGCCAGCGUUGUUUAGAGAUGCU